AUGAUCCCUCCUGCUCUCUUGCUUCUUGGCUUGCCGUUCCUUGCCGAGUCACCGUCUUGGCUUAUCAUCAAGGGUAGGCAUGAAGAGGCGGCUAAAUCCUUCCGAAAGUUUAACGGACCUCGCUUCGACGUUAAUGCUGCAAUGGCUGUAGCCACCGCUGCUGUUGCACAAGAACAAGAGCUCGAGCGUGCUGGGUCUUCCUGGAUUCAGUGUUUCAAGGGAUCUGAUGGGAGGCGAACCCUGAUCAUCGUUAUGGUGUAUAUUGCUCAACAAUUCAUUGGGGUCAACUUCAUUGCUGGAUAUUUAACCUAUUACUUCCGUCUUGCUGGUGUUAAAAACCCCAUUGGUGUCGCACAGGCAGCAUUUGCAAUCCAGCUGUUUGGCAAUAUCUGUUCGUGGCCCCUGGUCGACCGACUAGGCCGCCGUCCUAUGAUCGUUGGCGGAAUGAUCAUCAUGACUUGCGGCCUACUACUUGUCGGUGGUAUCAGUACAAUCAACACCAAGCCCGGACUCUCCGCCACAGUUGCAUUCAUGUGUGUAUGGGGAUUUUUGUAUCAAGCUACCCUCGGUGCCGUGGCUUACGCUGUUGGUGGUGAAACCGCCAGUCCGCUGUUACGACAAAAGACGUACUCUAUCAACAUCAUGGCAGCAACUGCAGUUUCUUGCAUGGUCCUCCAAGUAAUGCCUUACUUGAUAAAUACCGAUCAAGCCAAUCUCGGAGGCAAAAUAUGCUUCAUCUUCUUCGGUCUCUCGGUGCCAAUGUGUUUCUAUCUUUACUACUGCCUACCGGAAAUGAAGGGUCGGACGUAUGCCGAGAUACAAGAGAUGUUCCACGCUGGUGUGCCGGCACGGAAGUUCAAGGAUUACCAAUGCCAGAUCAAUGCGGAGGUUGUUGCCGCUGCAGAGAAGCAGCACCAAGAUGUGUAG